CUAAUGUCAGAUCCUGGGAAAAUUAAAUAAUUUCCAAAAAUAAAAGUCCAUUUAAUGUUUUAUUGCUUCGUUCGAUUGCAAUGGCGACGACAGUAAGACUACAAUGUCUUAAAAGGAUUGGUGAAAACAUUAAGAAGUACAAACUUAUCACGUUAAACGAUAAACAAGAGGUAACAAUUGGACGAAACCCUGAUGUUACUGUGUGUAUUCUGUCGACAAUGAUCUCAAGAUGCCAUGCAGUAUUGAAGAAAAAUAGCAGUGAAAAAUGGACAAUCAAAGACAACAAGAGUCUGAAUGGUGUGUUCAUAAACGAAAAAAAGUUGGAACCUUUAAAGCCGUAUGAGCUGAAUGAAGGAGACAUUGUACAACUCGGGGUUCCAAUUAGUUCCGAAGUUCCAGCGGAGUUUGUGUUUAAGUUUCACAAUGCUCUGAAAGUAAAGCGAGAACGCAAAGAUGAGGGUUAUGAUACACCAGAUGGCAAAAGAAUCAAACUGCAAGGAACCAAGGAUCAGCAUCCAGGUUCAAAGCCUAUCCCGGAGAGUGACAGUCAUGUAAGCAGUUCCCGGAUUGAGGCUGACCCCAGUGUCCCCCAGGCUGGCCCUGCCUCACGGGGGUGUGGCACUGGGGUGGGGCGUGAGACUGGAUCGCCGUACAGAAAUUACCAGCAGCAGAUGCAGGCCAAAGACAAGGAGGCAGAGGAAAAAAUGGCUGCCAUGGAGGCCAAACUAAAGGAAAUGCAGGAUAAACUUAAAGAAAAGGAGAGUGCUGAGCUGGAGAUGGCGCACCAGCUGCAUAUGGAGAAAGUGCGGCGGGAACUUCAGUCUCGAGACAUGGCGGACCUGAGACUCAAGGAAGAACAGCUCAAAUUGGAGCUCGAGAAAAAACAGGAGGAAGUAGCACGGGAAAAGCGUGAGAUGGAGGAAAAACUACGGGAGGAGCUCGAGGAUGUGCUCAGUGUGCGCGAGGCAACCCUCAUGGAGAGUCUUGAGGCACAGAAACAGGCUUUACUAAAGGAAAAGCGAGACGUGGAGGACAAACUAAAACAGGAGCUGAAGACUGAGAAGGAGAAAGACAAGAGACUGACAGACGAGUUGGAGCAGCAGCAACAGAAACUUCAGAAGGUGAUCGAGACAAAGGAAGCUGAACAGCGUCUCCUGGAGAGUCAGCUGUUCGCAACCAAGGAGGAGAAGGAUCGCCAACACGAGGAGGUGCUCCGUGCACGAGAGGACGUGCUCGCAAACUUUGCCGAACUGAUGGAGACCGAGCUCCAGUGUAGCAUCUGUAGUGAGCUCUUUGUCAGGAGGAAGAUGAAGCGUUUGAUGAAGCAAAUAAACCAAAGCCAGCAGCUGCCCCACCCACCAGAGGACGUGGUCGAGGGGGAAGGGGUCGUGGUGGUAGGGGCAGGGGAGGAGCCAGGGGCAUUAACACUGACCCAGAGCCCUCACCCACCUCCUGAAGUGCCAGCUCCUAUAGUUCUUUCAGACGAUAAUGAUGAUGAUGAUGAUAGUUUGAAUGAUAGUAUGGACAGUUUUAGAUCCUUGUCGAGUGUUUCGGAUGAUUCUCUUGAUGAUGUAAGCGGUGAUGAAGGGGCCUACUAUGGCGGAUAUGGACGGUGCUACACAUGUGGAUCUGCGGGUCACUGGGCUAAUGGAUGUCCGUUCAGAUAACACACACCAACAACAGUAUGCAGGAUGGAAAUCCUUGAUAAUUCUUUGAAUGUGUUGGAGAAAUAACACCGAUGAGUGAACUUGGGGGCGUUGUUUCUGCUUGAGGAAAACGUGAAUAAAUUACCGGUUUGAAAAAAUUUGUGGAUGAAUCAACUUGAAGGCGAUUUUCAUGUCUGUGGAUAAAUCAACUUUAAAGCCAUUUUGUGUUUGAGAAAUAACAUGGAUAAAAAAAACUUAAGAGUUUUCUUGUUUUAGACAUAACCCGGAUGAAUCAACUUUCAAACGUUUUUAAUGUUUGAGAAAUAACAUUGAUGAAUCAACUUUCAAGCGUUUUUCAUGUUUGAGAAAUAACGUGGAUGAAUCAACUUUCAAGCGUUUUUCAUGUUUGAGAAAUAAAGUGGAUGAAUCAACUUAAAAGUGUUUUUCAUGUUUGAGAAAUAACGUGGAUGAAUCAACUUAAAAGCGUUUUUCAUGUUUGAGAAAAAACGUGGAUGAAUCAACUUAAAAGUGUUUUUCAUGUUUGAGAAAAAACGGGGAUGAAUCAGCUAUAAAGUGUUUUUCAUGUUUGAGAAAAAACGUGGAUGAAUCAGCUAUAAAGCAUUUUUCAUGUUUGAGAAAGAAACGUGGAUGAAUCAAUUUUAAAGUGUUUUUCAUGUUCGAGAAAUAACCUAGAUGAAUCAGAUUUAAAGUUUUUCAUGUUCGAGAAAUAACCUAGAUGAAUCAGCUUUAAAGUGUUUUUCAUGUUUGAGAAAUAACCUAGAUGAAUCAGCUUUAAAGUGUUUUUCAUGUUCGAGAAAUAACCUAGAUGAAUCAGCUUUAAAGUGUUUUUCAUGUUUGAGAAAUAACGUGGAUGAAUCAGAUUUAAAAUGGGUUUAUUUGUGCUUGAGAAAUAACAUGGAUGAAUCAACUUUAAAGCGUUUUUUUUGUGUUUGAGAAAUAAUUUGGUUUAGAAAUAACGUGGAUAUAUAAACUUACAAUUUUUGAAAGUGUUUUUUGGUGCUUGAAAAAAGAACUUGAAUAAAUAAACUUUAAAGCAUUUUUUAACUUUGAAAAAAAUGUUGAUGAAUCACCUUGAAAGCAAUUUCGUGUUUGUGAAAACUUUGCGUUAAUCAAUUUGAAGGCUUGUUUCAAGUUUAUAGAGGGUGUUUUUCAUUGUUGAUUUUUUUGUUACGAUGAAAAUAUCUUUUGUGGCUGAGAAAAAACGUGGAUAGUGUUUUUUGAUGUACAUGUAUCUACAAUUAGAUGUUUUUCUAGUUUUUACUGAAUAUUAAAAUAAUUAUGGAUUAUAUUCAGUAAUAACAAUGUUUAAAUGGUAUUUUUGUUGCAACAUACAUUUUAUCAAUCAUUCAUGUUCAUACAAAUUCUUCAUAUUAGGCCUAAAAAAAAAAUACAUUUGGUUCAGGUAACCCAACCUAUCUACGGAAUAGGUGCCGACCCUACCGUAUUUAUAGUCAGUUUGAAAUUUUUUUUAAAAACUAAUACAAAAAAUGUGGUUUUUUUUGUUGUUUUUUUAAUUGCUUUUCAAUAUGUAGUUUAAAACUUUAAAAAAAUCAAAUGCUUAUACAGAAGAUAACUUUAACACCAUUCCGCUGUGAUGAAAAUGACAUUCUUUUAUAAAAAGCCUACCUAUUUUUAAAAAGGAUGUUACCCUAACCAAACAUAAUUUUGUUUAGGCCUUAGUGUCUUUGUAUACUAGUAUGUUGUUCAUAACAUGAAUGGCUGAUUUUGCAUGAAACACAUGUGUACCACAUGACCAAAUUGAAAUAUAGUUUGAUUUCCAUCGAUAAUCUUCUGGCCCCAAUUUCUCGAAACUUUUUGAGCUUAACAGGCAUAAGUCGCUUAUUUUAAUUAGCCAAAAUACAUACUGAAAAUAGAAUUUGAUAAAUGAAAAAUGAUUUAUUCUGAUUAUCAUACAGAUGAUUCUUACAUAAUUUCUAAACUAAUUUAAAAAACUCUUUAAGAAGUAAAUAUAAAGCAUUUUAUAGAACAACAAAAAUAGUGAGAUUAGCUUAAUCCUGUUAUAAGGGACUUAAGAAGUUUCAAGAAAUUGGGGCCAGUGCAUUAGCGUUUUUGAUAAAUCCAGGUGUUAAUUUUAUUGUUCAAUGCUUGUAGAUGUUUCCGUCUAUACACAAACUCCUGUAUCUGAUUGGUAACAAGCAGGUGGAGUUUACCAUUCAAUAACAAGCAGGUGGAGUUUACCAUUCAAUAACUUUCAUUCGGAUAAAAUUUACAAUGCUAUUCACUUGUUAUAGCAUGCGAGUUAUUAAUGUUUUCCCUGACAUCAUGGUACAAAAAACGUGCAUCACACACCAAAGUGCUUUUGUAUCAUAUGAAAAAACUUGGGUUAUAAGUGACAGUGGUGGAAAUUAGCACAAGCCAGCAAGCCCUGCACUGGUAAAAUGUCUUUCGGGCUUGCUCAAAUUCUGAAUUUUAUAUAGUAGGGCUUGUUCAAAAAUUUGAUGCCAAGCAAUAGUAUAAUAAUUUGGGCUUGUUCAUCCAAAAGUCUAAUUUCGAUGACUGAAGUGAUGUAGCUAUUACUUAACAGUUGUCAAUUUGAUAUAACCAGAUCAGGCAAACACCAUUAUUGUCCUACCUCAAGUAAUAAUACCACAGUCAGGGUCGCGCUUUAGGGUUAAUUAGCCAAGUUCUUUCAUUGCCAAUUCUUAUGAUUAAUCUUUAUGUAUAUUUUGCAACAUGUUCAUGCUUCUUUUUUAUAUGAUGCAAAUUAUUCAGUGACAUUGCACAAAAAUAUGCACCACUGUCUUUUCUGCAUUUGAUAUCCUUUUCUUAACCAAAUUUCAGUUAGUGUUACUACAAACAUGUUGAUGUUACUUUAAUUACUGGUACCUAUGAAUUAAAUAAAGGAGUUGAUCUAG